AUGCUGCAGACGAUCUACGAAGGUGACUCGUGCUUCCCCACGGUCGGGCUCCAGGCACCCAGGCAGAUUCCAGCAGUGUACGAAAUGCGCGGCGUGGACGGCUCAGUCCCUCUCUCCUUCUCCCUCUCUGUCUCUCUCUCCCUCUCCCUCCCUCUCGCUCUCCCUCAGCUCCAGCAGGAGCUGCUGGCCAUGAGACAGCAGCAGGAGCUGCUGGAGAAGGAGCGCAAGCUGGAGCAGCAGAGCCGCGAGCAGGAGAUGGAGCGACACCGCCGGGAGCAGCAGGCGCUGGCGCUGAGGAGCAAGGAGCGCACCCGCAAGAGUGCAGUAGCCAGCACAGAGGUCAAGCAGAAACUGCAGGAGUUCCUGCUGAGUAAAUCAGCCAAGGAUCCCAGCAUCAACGGCGGCCGGAACGUCAUCACCCACCACCCCAAGCUCUGGUACCAAUCAGCCCACCACACAUCGUUGGAACAAAGUUCACCCCCCUUGGGAGGGGCAUCCCCCACCUACAAGUAUACCCCACCCUCACCGAUGGACUGCAAGGAUGACUUCCCACUGAGGAAGACAGCCUCGGAGCCAAACCUGAAGGUCCGGUCAAGGUUAAAACAGAAGGUUGCUGAGAGGAGGAGCAGCCCUUUGCUGAGGAGGACAGACAGCGCCCCGUACAAGAAGAGGACGCUGGAACUGCUAGAUUCUACCUCCAGCAGCAACGCCCCAGGAACUGGGCCCAGCUCUCCCAGCAGUGCCUGCAGCACCCUGGGAGGUGAGAAUGGACCCUCCCCCAUGUCCACCAACACACAGACUGAGUGCUGGCCGAUACAUCAGAGGAUUUUAAAGCCUAAAGACUCGAUGGCUUUGCUCAGCUUGUACACGUCCCCCUCCCUGCCCAAUAUCACGCUGGGCCUCCCGGCCUCGCCCUCGCCGCUCAGCGCCGGAGUGGCGCUGAAAGACAGCCCGCUGGACUGUGGUGGCGUGGGUACGUCGAGGCAGCCUCCGUCGGGCCCCUUCCUGGGUGCAUCUCCCCUCCAGUCCAGUCUGUCCUCUGGCAGCUUGGAGGCCAAACCCACAGGCAGUGGCAGCAGCCAUCAGGCGCUGCUGCAGCACCUCCUUCUAAAAGAGCAGAUGAGGCACCACAAGAUCCUCUCCACCGGCCCCGGUAGCGUUCCCGUGCGGCCUCAGUCCCCCCUGCCCCCGAAAGACCGGCUGACCCCCAGCGUCCGCCAUAAGCUGCCCCGGCACCGGCCCUUGCACCGCACGCAGUCGGCCCCACUGCCCCAGGGCGCACUGGCCCAGCUGGUCAUACAGCAGCAGCACCAGCAUUUCCUGGAAAGGCAGAAGCAGUACCAGCAGCAAGUCCACAUCAACAAGAUGCUGUCAAAGUCCAUCGAGCAGCUGCGUCAGCCGAGUUCUCACCUGCAAGAGUCUGAAGAGGAAGACCCAGGGGAACAGGCCAUGCAGGAGGACAGACUGCCCCCUCGAGGCGUCAUCCGGAACUGCAGCAGCGGCUCGGACGGAGAGCUCCACAUAGCCAAGCCUGGGUUGGUCAAGGUCAAGGAGGAGAUGGCUGAUAGUGAAGACGAAUGCCCCAAAGAGGCUGAGCGGAGCUCCUACCUGCGCCAGGCCAACGGGAAAGAUUUUGCCCAGAGGUUGGUCAUACGAGCAAUGAUUUGAAAAGCGCUGUUCUACAGUACGGGCUGAGAAGCGGGGUUUGGGGGUCGCUGCCCCAACUCCUGGACUUUUUCUGUUUGUGAACUUGUGAACUGAUCUCUGUAACAUCUUUUAAUGUUUCACAUCCACUCUGGAGACAAGAGAUGCCUCAACACUUAUCUCUUCUUUGGGGGAAAGAGUUAGCCGCUCCUGGUUUCUCUAUCUGACUGGCAGCCUUCCUCUACAAUCAAAGCUGGUAAUGAUAUCAAUAAUCUGUUGCUUAACUUCAAAUUUUCUGUAUUUUAUACCUUUCAGAUUUUUUUUUAUCCAGUUCAUUUUUAGUACCCUGUCCUACACUUGUUUCGUCAACAGUAAUGCAGAAUUACUGUAAUAUGUUUGGAAGUCAUAACAUUUCCAGCAAUUUCCUGAGGUAACCGAUGAAUACAUUUGCAGAGGAACUGUUAAAACAGGAUAGGCCUCUAAUCAUAUGGGGAAGAUAUCUUGUCAACAUUGACAUCAACAAUAAUAAAAAUAGUGAAAAAUCUGAACACUGAAGUCCUGGCAGUCCAGCCCAGAGGAGCUUGUCGCGGUGCCACGUGACAGGUUGAGAAGCACCAGCACAUUCGGGCCCAGCCCUCUGCUCAGCCCUCCUGGGCCUAAAUUAGAGCAGAAUCAUGUUCCCACCCUGCGUCUAGUGGAGAGGAGAGAGAGGCUGGGCAGGAAAUGCCUUCUGGAAGCGGGGAGCCGGAAUGAUUCAUGUGCGUAGGAAUGUGGGCGAGGAAACACGGGUUUGGGAGUCCAAGGGGCCAGGAUUUAGAAUUGAUUUACUGUCUUAGCGAGUAGGAGAGCGGGCGGGAGAAUGGUGAGGGCAGCUUUCCAGUGAAACAUUUCCUUCAUAUUCCCUUGGGGUGUACUUACCUCUUUGUGCAGGAUGGAGGUGGUUCAAUGUGAACUUGCAGUAUCACUUUUUCUUGAUAGGCAUUACUCUUCAUUAUUGCCCCUUACUCUUCUCAGAUUACCCAACACAGUCUUUCAACUGACAUCUCUCCCUGCUACUCUGACUCCUCUCAGAUUACCCAGCACAGUCUUUUGAUAGGCAUUGCUCUCCAUUACUGCCUCUGACUCCUCUCGCGUUACCCAAUAAUCUUUCAGUUGGCAUUGCUCUUUGUAAUUGUCACUCCUUCUCCUCUCAGAUGAUGAACAAUCUUUUGGGUGGCUUUGGUCUUCUUUAGUAUGAUUCUGACUCCUCUCAGAUUACAAACAAUCUUUGGGUUAGCAUAGCUAUUCAUUAGUAUGACUCUGACUCCUCUCAGAUUAUCCAACAGUCUCUUGGGUAGCAUUGCUCUUCAUUAGUACGACUGAAAGAUCUCAGAUUGCCCAACAGUAUGUAAGCAUGAGGCCCAAAUCAUUCAAUUCUGUUUUUUUGUGUGUGUUUGACCUUUUUCCUGCUAUGUUUUUGAUUAAAUAUCGUUAUUGUCAGUCGGCUAUUUGGGGGAUUGUGGCUCUAAAAUCUGUGGAAGAUGCAGACAAACAGGCCUCAUAGAGAAAAACAAAUGUCUUUACAAAUGUCUUUCCUGUGUUUCGUGAACCUUGCUGUACAGUAGAUGGCUUCAGUAAGACUCCCUGCAGACAGGACAUGUCGGUCAUGUUCUCCUGCUCAGUUCGUUUUAUUGUAACAGAAAUUCUCCGUGGUGGAGAGGUUCUGCUUUCUGUUCUUUGCUGUAUGUAUUUGUUCCCUUUUCGCCUCCUGUUUUAAAACUUUGUUCUUUUUUAAAAAAAAAAAUAAAGUUCAUUCCCUUUCCUGUGC